AAGCAGCAGGGAGAAAAGAAAAACAAAAACGGACGGGGGGCUAGGGUUUUGAUUCCAACGAAACCCCAGCACGCCGCCUCCGCACCUCUCUUCCCCAAAAUCGCCUCUCACUCCUCGGAGGCGGACGCCUCGUCUCCGUCCCGUCCCUCCUCCUCAGCAGCAGAGGCUCUAGACACCCAGGUCGGAAGCAUCUACCGCCUCCCGACGAGAAUCAGCGGCUGCCGAGUGCCGAAUCCCUGAGCGCCCCAAGAGUUGUCAAUUUAUUGUUGGAGACUUGUCUUGUCUGCCAUUGACUGAAACGAUUUAGGAUGUCAUUUUAUGCAAGAAGGGAUGGAGACAGGGGUAGUAACCGCUUUCAUGGAGGAGGUGGGCGAGGUGGACAUGUCAUGCGUGGAAGAUCAGGACUGCCUCCUCGAGGACCACUUGGGAUUAACGCCCGACCAUCUGCACGCAUUAUUGCCAAGUCUUUCAGCAGAACCAAAGAUAUGACCUGGAGACCUGAUCUGUUUAGUGAUAGUAUGGCGGCUAGUGGAAUAGAAACUGGUACAAAGUUGUACAUUUCAAACCUGGACUAUCGUGUUUCGAACGAGGAUAUAAAGGAGCUGUUUUCAGAAGUUGGUCACUUGAAACGCUUUGCUGUUCACUUCGAUGGAUAUGGUCACCAAAAUGGUACGGCGGAGGUGGUAUUUACAAGGAGGAGUGAUGCGGUUGCUGCAUUGAAACGUUAUAAUAAUGUUCUACUUGAUGGGAAAGCUAUGAAGAUAGAAGUUAUUGGAAGUGACUUGGGUUUGCCUAUGACACCUCGUAUAAAUGUCGUCGGGGCUUCUAAUGGCAGAGCUACGAGAACAGUUGUCAUGACGCCUGAAAUGGGUCGACGUGGUGGUGGUGCCAGCAAUAGGCCUUUGAGUAAUCCUGCCAACAGAUGCAAUCGUGGUGCUUUCCAAGCUGGCCGAGGCCGAGGCAGAGGUCGUGCCCCAUUCCAAGCCCAGUUCCAGGGACGAGGCAGGGGUCGCGGUCAAUUCCGGGGCCGCGGUCGGGGAAGAAAGCAACCAGAGAAGACUGCAGAUGACCUGGACAAAGAUCUGGAUUCCUAUCAUGCCGAGGCAAUGAAGACCGACUGAUUGUUGCAAGUUAGUGAUGGCGGUGCUGCACUUCCGCAUGGGCUUCAACAUUAUCCAAUGAUCAGUUGUAUCAGUUUGAGCAGUAGUAUUUCUGGGAGCAGAUAUCUUUCUGCGCUGGUUCCGAAACCAACUUCUCUAGUGGUCUAUUUGCAAUCUGCAGCCUUAGAUGUUACUUUUGUACUGGUUGUCUAAGAUUAUCGUGUUAAGUAGAAGAAACAAACAAGCUUGCGAUGCUAUUCGAUGACUUGUUUGUUAUCAUGCCUAGAAACCCCGCCAUUAAAAAAUUGUCAAAUUUUUCGGCUAUGUUCUUUGGAAGCA